AUGUCGACCAUUCCAGCAAUAGCGUUUCCUGAACCCUCAGAGUUACCCCAGUUGGGAGUUCGAACGCAUCCUGUCGUUAGAUACGUGAGAGUGUUCUCAAGGAUUACUCUUUUGGCAAUGGCCAUUAUUUACAUAGUUUUCAAAUAUGUACUACAGCCGGCAUUUAGCACCACCAUAGCACGGAGGUUUGAGUUACAGAAUUUUGCCUACACCAGACUAAAACUAUUGCACAAACGGUUAAACAGAAAUGUUAAAAAUCCACCACUUCUCAGAGUUAAUUAUAAAGGCAGUAUUGCAGUAGACAGAGUUAUUUCUACAGAGGACAUCAUGCAUGCAGAGAUCAAGGAGUCAGAGCACAGAAUAUUCAAGGCACGUAUAAGAAGAGAUACAAAUAUCAUGUUGAAUAAUCCUAAAGAUGAUAAACAGAUGGAUGAUGAAAUUUUGCAUCCCAGUCUACCUCAAAUUAACGAUGAGGCUAACUAUAGCACUACCAGGCUAAUUGAAAGUGUGCAGAGGCUAAGGGAUAAGAUAUCAGAGCUUAAAGUUCCUGAGUUUAAAUAUUCAACAAGUUCUGCAUAUAAUGACGGAGACCCCGAAAUGAAUUCUCUACUAUAUCAAAUCAAACAAUUUAAAUCAUACCUGGAAGUAGUGACAUCAGAACCACCCCACAAGUUGCUUUUUCGUAAACCACUUUCCCAAUUGCAAAUCGGUUACAAUUCGAAAAAAUAUCAUAAAUUCAACUAUCUGGAUAUAUUGAAUGAUAAUAUGGAUGAAAUAAAACACAAACUAGGCACUAAAAUAAACUAA